AUGACCCUGUCAGCAUCUCCAAGGCCAUGGCGGUCCAAAGCACCCAAACCCACUUUUUCAACAGCGAGCAUCAGAAGCAUGAACAGGUCUUGUUGGGAUCUUUUUCGGGCCCGAAGUCGAUGCAGAAACUUCCAGAAUCCACAGGUGGAGGGCAUCCUCCGCUCCCUGGAAGAUGUCGCCCUCACGGAUCCGCCUGCAGAAGGUGCUGAAGCCUGCAGCAUGCUUCCACAGGAGGCAGAAGUCAGCAUGCUGCGCGCAGAGGAGGAGAACCUGCAGCAGCAGCUGCAGAGCCUCCUGCAGGAGCUCGAAGCUGCCCGGCAAGCAGGCCCCCAUGAAGAUCUGUCGCAGGACGUUUCUGCCGAGAUCGCUCUGCUAGGAUGUUUUCAGGAAGUUGCCAUGACGCACAGGGAGCUGCUCUUUCCGGAAGGGGCUCCGGAGCCGCUAUCGCGUGACCACGAGGUGGUGGCAUCCUACAUUGCGGAGAACCUUCAGGUGAGUUCAAGACGUUGA